AAAAGAUACCCCGGUGUGUUACCAUAGUUACGCGUAAACUUUCACACUUCCUGCUAGGAAUAACUAGCUCUGUUGUCUUUGUCGUUGUCAUUUACCCGAAAUUAACGGUUACUGCAAGAACUGAAAAUGUCUUUAUCCCGGAUUCAAAGUCUCCGGCUGGCAGCUGUGCUAGAAGACUGUUCAGACCAGCUGGACAUACUGGAACAUACACUGAUAGUGCAGAUCAGCAGAGAGCGAGGACCUGCAGCAGCACAGGAGAAGGCCAGGCUGACCAAGCUGAGAGAAGACUGUCACUACAUCUCACAUCAGGUAUCCAUGCUACAUUUGGAGCUGGAGGAGAAGCAGAGUUUCAGUUCUUUGCAGCAGGUGGUGGAGGACGAGGAACAGAAGAAGAAGGCUGAGAAAAUGAGAAGAGAGGCAACGAGAGAGCUGGAGCAGAGAAAACAAAAUGUACAGAGGCAACAAGAGGAGUUCAAACAGAAAACUGAGAAACUGCAGGACAUGGAUGAGCUUGUCAAAGACAUUAUGCAUCAGCUUAAUGAGCAGUCAUCAAAGAUUGUCAGCAAGAAGAGGAUUCUGGAGAAAAACAUUGAGCUUCAGCUCCUGCAAACACAAGAAGAGAGCAGACAGGCUAAGAAACUGCUUGAAGAUCAGCUGGAGGUGCUGCGCAAACAGCUGAAGGAGGAGUCAAGAGUCCAUGAGGAGUCAGAGAAAUUCCUGCAAAAUCGACACAAGGAGUUACAGCAGCAGCUGCAGCAGUGGCAGAAACGCACAAAGCAGAUGCUGCAGGAGAAGGAGCAGCAGCUCAACAGUGUAUGCUGUAAAAGAACAGUGAAUUUGGACAGACUGACGGAGAUGAGACGGAAGUUCAGGGAGAUGGAGCAGGUGGUGAUGGAGGACAGAGAGGAGCAGGAGAAACUGCACCAACAGCAGGCAGAGGCUAGAGCUGCUACCAAGCUGCAGGCCUGGUGGAGAGGCUGCAUGGUCCGCAGGGGUCUAGGUAGUUUUAAAAAAGCAGAGGAAGACAAGAAAGGCAAAAAGAAGAAGGAAGGAAAGAGGAAGAAGAAGAAGAAAUGAGCUGUCGAAAUAAUAUAUCUUAAUUAAUAACACUUAACAGUCAUGCAAUUCCUGA